AUGAAGACGAAUUCAACCGAUGAACAUGGGCUGUCGCUUCGCAGCAAGGGGCGCUCCAAGGCCACGUUUCCGACUCAAGCGAAAGACGACCCUGAACCAUCAAGAUCCGAGAAGACUGUUUUGAACGAAUGCACCUGCGACCGAUCUAGUGCACACCAUGCGGUACAGCCGAUGCUUUUCGUCGACAGUUUAUCGAUCGGCCUUGUUGCGACGGCCAUUGAUGAAGAGAGAUGCAGUCGAUACCCGCCAACCGAACAUGCGCUGUCGGAGAAUGUUGAAAUCGCAGGCACCAUUGCGCACCUCGUGCAUCCUUUCGCAAACACACAACCACACACCUCUACAUAA